GGAAUCAAACCCUUGACGUGACCUAGUGCCAUGCUCUACCAGGUGAGCUAGAGAAACAUAUAAACCUCAAUUCAAGAGAUUGUUCACAAUCAUUCCAUGAUGAUUGAUAAAGAUAAAAUAAAACAUGUAAAACAUUUGCGGUAUACAUUUUAUCAGUGCCUGAAAGGAUGAGAUGGGAAUCAAACCCAUGACCUUGACAGCAAGAUGAACACAUAAACCAUAAUUGAUCGGUGCAUGCUUUCUCUGCUAAUCAAACCCAUUACCUUAACAGAUACAUGAACACAUAAACCUCAAUCUAAAAAUUGUUCACAAUCAUCCCAUUUAAUGAUUGAUAAAUAUUAGGCUUGGGAUCAAUUACACAUCGAUAAUCAGAAAACUUUCCAGAUGAUUAUCAGUCUAUAUCUCCUUUUUUUUUCCAGAUGUAAAUAGAGCUACUCCAUGCACAAAAAUUUUUGUCUCUUAAUACACAUUUCUAUACUCAGCAUUAGUAAAGUGGGAGCGGCGGGCUCAUGAUGUCCUCUAACAUGUUUUGGAAUAAGUGACACUCCACCACAUUAAGCAGCUGCAUAUCGUAGACUAUAAACUUAGCUACACAAUUUGUUAGCUUCUUGUCCUGUGACAAAUCAACUGAUAGUCUUUUCCUAGGGUUCAAAGCUUUCGCAAGGUUGUACCUACAACCUGCCUUGUUGCUUUGUUUGUUGCCUUUUGCUGCACACACCUGCUAUUUGCCAUGGUAUCUAUUCAUAUGGGAUAUUGGCCAGCUCCAUCAACACAGAAUCCGAAAUGACUACCAAUAAAUUUGUUUAGCCACCAUAACAUUAUCCACAAUGAACAUCAACCACCAGUUGCACAAAUGUAGGGGUGACAAAAGUGACGAUAACUUAGUAUUAAGUACAGUAAAUGUUAUAUCAUCCCCUUGUGGUCUCCCAAAGCUAUUAUUACCAGACUACAUUAAACGGAAGGCCAACUAACUGUAAAUGGGAAAGUGAAAAAAUUAGGCUUCUAAUUUAAACGUUGGCUAAUGUUAAUAUAUUGAUGCCUCAAAAACAUAUGAGAAGAUAACAUGCCGAUCAAUAAUCAAUGUAUUGACAUUUUAUGAGAUUCCUUAUAAAUAUCAAACAAAAUGAUUAAAACCGUGCAUUUGGGGUAAACAUUUUAUCAGUGCCUGAUAGGAUUAGAAUCGAACCCAUGACCUUGAGAGCAACAUGAACACAUAAACCUCAAUCAAACCCAUGAUGGUCACAAGAUUAUGAAAAUACUCUGCAGUGCUAUGAAAAGAUCAAAUGAAAUUACUAAAACAGUGCAUUUGGGGUAUAUAUUUUAGAAAUGCAUGGCCUGGGAAUCAAGCCCUUGGCUUUGACAGCUACAUGAACACAUAAACCUCAAUCUAAAGAUUGUUAAACAUCCUAUGAUGAUUGAUAAAGAUAAAAUAAUUCAAAUGUGCUCUCACAGCAUUGACAGCUGUGACUGUUGUCAAUGUCAAUCAUUCAAUAGCUGGGGUUGUGGUUUACAUUGUCAGGGUCUGGUGUAACGAUAACCUCUGGAGUUGUGUCUUGGGGAGGGCCCGGAAAGAGUCACAGCACGGGAAGUGUGUCUCUACAUUUAUAAACACAGCUACUGCCCCAUGCUCUGGUACAAUUGUUUACAUGUUACUGGCCACACAAGUGAGACAGCACUGCAGAAUAUUUUCAUAACCUUGUGACCAUUGUUUUUACAUAAACUUUUAGACUCGUAGUCUUCACACAGUGCUUGUCAGGGCCUCUACUGAGUCCAUCACUUUCUCGCAACUAAACGUUGAACACUGGACUGCAGAAAUGUACAACAGCUACUCUCGGGCAACAUUUGGUCUGGAGGCUAAACAAAUCCACAAGGCGAAGGGGAAAAGCUGUGGCUACUACAUGAGAAUAGUGUUCUUCUUCUCUUCUCUGAUCCAGUCGCUCAUCAUUACCAGUCUGGUGCUUUUCCUCGUCUACGGCCAGCCGGAGAAGACCGCAGAGGAGAAGAGGGUGGAAGAACUUGAAGUGGCCUUUAACAAACUGUCCACAGACAACAACAAACUCCGAAAAGAGAAAGCUGACCUCGUCAGUGCCCUCAAAGCGAAAACUGGAGAGAAAGAUGCAGCCGACAAAGAAAUUACAAAGCUGAAAACUGACUUGAACACAACGACCAUGAAGAACAAAAACUUGCUUAACAGCCUUACAACAUCCAACAGUGAACUCAAUAAACUGAGGCUUUCAGCCACCCGUAAUUCCCCAGUCCAGUGUCCACCAAGCAACUCUCAAAGUGGUGAAGUAAAGACUUUGCGGACUCUUUUGGACCAGCAGAAAGCUCUGUAUGAAAUUCUUCAGAAGAACUUCAGCCAGACUGUGCAGUACCUUAAAGCUGACUUGAACAACACAGUCAAGGACAAAAACGACCACCAUAGCAUGGUGUUAAAACUGAGGCACGACAACAUAGAUUUAAAAUCUCAGCUUGAUGGUUAUACUAAGAAAUGCAAAGAAGACUUUGCCCAAUCCCUCCAAGGCAUCCAGACGGUCACGAGUGCCUUCCUGACCAAGAUCGAAAACUUCUUUCCCCACUAUGCCACGUUUCAUCUCACCUGCCAGAAACAGCACGACCAGAUGGAGAGGAUACGCUCAAACUGCUCCAGCCUCUCUAAGGAGGUAGAGGACAAGUUCCAGAGCUACCUGGACAAGGUAGGAGAGAAGGUCUCGUCCAUUCAGAUGGGGAGCAGCCGAUUGGAGGUGCAGAAUGAGUAUCUGACUUCAGAGUUGAACAAGUGCAAAACAGGUCGAAAGGAAGAGGCUGCAGACAGCAGCAAACAGUUGCAGGAUGCCAAACAGACGUACGACAGACAACUGGAGCAGCUUCUAAUGGAGCAAACCAGACUGAGGGAAGCCAAAAGUGUACUUGACACCCAGCUUACCAUAAAGGAUACCACCCUUAUAUCUAUGCAAAAGACCUGUGUACAACAGCCCAAACCUGCUGGUCUUAAACCCCUUGGUCCAGCGGGCUUGCAGCCUCCUGCACCUGCUCGGAGCCGCUAACUACAAGAGGUUGGGUAAGGAGAAGGGAAUGAUCUGAAUCUCAAGGCCGGACUCCGAGUUCGGAGUGUCUAAGGGUUUUACGUGUGGGAGUUUCCUGAUUUUGAGCCUGUGAUCUCUAAAUAAUGCCGUCACUGUGGAUUACUGUAAAUGUAUAAUGCACUGAAAUGUUUAGUUUGAUGUAUAGUUAUAUUUAAAUGUCAAAGGUUGUGAACUUGACAAAGUUUUUUUAGUCUAACUUUUGUAGUCUAAUUUAUCUGUUAUAGUGCAGACAUAAAAAAAUAGGAGCUUCCUGAAACAAUGUUAAAUAAAAGACUGCUUUUCCUACAAGCACAAGAUCCUCAUUUAACACGAAAAGUUGAGAGUCUGAUUCUGUCAACAACUCCCAAAAGAGGAAACCUCCACUUGUGCUGUGAUGUACUGUAUAUAAUACUCUUUGCAUAUUAAGAACUGUUUCAGUGAUUAUUUGUUUAAACCAUUUGCCGGUUUAAUGUCUUUUUAACAGUUUUCUUCCUAAUAACUUUCAAACUUUCUUCCAAAUCCAUGUUCAUAUGUUGAUCUGAGUAUUCUGAAUAAAUAAACCU